CUUGCCCCGGAGACCUGUCACAGCGGGACGGACGCGCUGUCCUUGGCCACACCAUGGCGGGCCCACUGUGCCUCAUCCUGCUCAGCGCCUCCCUGGCUGGACUCCCGCUGCCGGGGGGCAGCGUGUUCCUCAGCCCGGAGCGCGCCAGCAGCAUCCUGGGGCGGGUCCGCAGGGCGAACUCGUUUUUGGAAGAGAUGAAGAAAGGGAACCUGGAAAGAGAGUGUAUGGAGGAGAUGUGCUCCUUCGAGGAGGCCCGCGAAGUCUUUGAGGACACCGCCAAGACGACUGAAUUCUGGAAUAAAUACAGAGACGGCGACCAGUGUGAGAGCAGUCCUUGCCAGAAUGAGGGCCAGUGCGCAGAUGGCCUCGGGGAGUACACGUGCACCUGCUCGGAAGGAUAUGAAGGCAAAAACUCCACGCGGAAGCUCUGCAGCGUGGACAAUGGGGACUGUGAGCAGUUCUGCAGGGAGGAGCAGAGCUCGGUGGUAUGCUCCUGCGCCGGCGGGUACGUCCUCGGAGACAACGGCAAGUCCUGCAUCUCCACAGAGCCUUUCCCCUGCGGGAAAACCACGACGGGGCGCCGGAAGAGGUCGGCGGAGACCGCUCACAGUGGCGAGGGCCCCUCGGAAGCCGAAGCCGGCAUGCAGGAGCAGUCCGACCCUGGGGACCUGCCUCCCACCCAGAGCACUAUGCUCCUGCUGCCCUUCAACGGGACAGACUCCAGCACUGAGGACGUGAGAGGCCUGGUCCGGAUCGUGGGUGGGCAGAACUGCAAAGACGGCGAGUGUCCCUGGCAGGCUCUGCUCAUCAACGAGGAAAAUGAGGGGUUUUGCGGGGGCACCAUCCUGAGCGAGUACUACAUCCUCACAGCGGCUCACUGUCUCCAACAGGCCAAGAAAUUCACGGUGAGGGUAGGUGAGCGGGACACGGAGCAGGAGGAGGGCGACGAGGUGGCGCACGAGGUGGAGAUGAUCAUCAAGCACAACCGCUUCGUCAGGGAGACCUACGACUUCGACAUCGCCGUCAUCAAGCUGAAGACGCCCAUCACCUUCCGCGUGAACGUGGCCCCCGCCUGCCUGCCCCAGAAGGACUGGGCCGAGUCCACGCUCAUGACGCAGAAGACGGGCAUCGUCAGCGGCUUCGGGAAGACCCACGAGAAGGGCCGCCCGUCCAACACCCUCAAGAUGAUGGAGGUGCCGUACGUGGACAGGAACACGUGCAAGCUGUCCAGCAGCUUCAGCAUCACCCAGAACAUGUUCUGCGCCGGCUACGACUCAAAGCCCCAGGACGCCUGCCAGGGGGACAGCGGGGGCCCCCACGUCACCCGGUUCAAGGACACCUACUUCGUCACCGGUAUCGUCAGCUGGGGAGAAGGAUGUGCACGGAAAGGGAAGUACGGGAUCUACACCAAGGUCACCAACUUCCUCAAGUGGAUUGACAGAUCCAUGAAAGCCAGGUCCACGGCCCCAGUGCCCGCGGGGGGCCCUAGGCCUCACCCCCAUUAAAGUCAUUCCCUCAAGACCCCCUGGCAGCCGCUGGUGUCUCGUUUGUGCUCACACGGGCGGCGCCUGGAGCAGGUCUCCCGUCUGCGGUGACGAGGUCUGGGCAGAUCCCUUGUCCUGGUUUUCUCUGGCUCUGCCCUAGAGAAUUUUCCUUUGCAACACUAGAGCCUGCCGUUCCCUCGCCGGGAUGCGGGGCUUCUUCGGGAAACGCUGUCCUUUGUAGGAUCUGGACCCCCGGGAUGACCAAACGCGCAAUGGGCCGUUCCUGUGUGCAGUGGGGGCUUCCGGUUUUGAGUGCCCGAG